CGUAAACACAAAAUUUUAAGUCGGAGAUCGAGUGAGAUUGACAUAAAUCAAGCAAAAAAUCGGAGUUCGUCGAGGUGAGAAAUUGGAAAUUCUCUCUAGAUUGUUUGUUAAAAUUUGUCCCCUCGCGUUGAAAUUUGAAGUCUCUUCACGUUGAAAUCGUAGUUUCCGCCGUCGGGGAUUUAGAUCCGUCAGUCGAGAUGGGAGUGGGUUUCGUGGUCGGCGUCUUCGGAGUUCUAAUUCUGGCUCAUGCUGCUUAUUCAACCAUCCAAUAUCGGAGUUUAUUGAAGAUCAUGCAGGAAGAGUUUGCAGGACCUCCGUUUAAUGUGGCAAUCGAAUUGGUUCUAGGGUUGGUAUUGUCCAUGUGGGCUGCACUCACCGUGCCUGGGAAGUUUCUCUCGAUUAAUCCAGAAUCCGAGGAGAAUAGGAUAGUUUCUCUUCCUGCCAAUCUAGAUUUCAUGGUCUUCAACCACCGAGGCAAAUUAUUUUCCCAGCAACUGGAUUUGAAGCUGAAACAUUGAGAUCAAGCUGGAACCAUAAAUGAUCGUUAAAGAGCUUAAAGUAGGCACUGCUCCGUUCCAUCAACAUAGUGUUUCUUCACGUAUUUUGGAUAUUUUGAGGUUUUCCCUUCUUUAUUUCUAGUCCCAUUGUUAUUGAAUAAGAGGCCUCUUCUGGAUUGAUAUAAAAUAUGCAUGCUUUUCUGCAGUUUACUAUAAUUAGAUUAGUUUGUGCUUUUAUCUGCCAAUGCUGAUUGCUAUCAAUACGGUAGUUUUU